CCAAUUCCCACAAUGGCCUCCAAACGCCUCUCCCACACCGCCCUCCGCCCUCUACUCCCCUCCACCCCCCCAAAACUCCUCCGCCCCUCCGCCCGCCGCCCCAUCUCCGCCUACGGCUACGAACAAGCCAAAGCGCUCACCUUCACGCAAUACGGCGACCCCCCGGCUGUCCUCUCGCUGCACACGCACUCCAUCUCGCCCGCGCACUCCUCCCUCCUCACCCUCCGCUUCCUCGCCUCCCCCAUCAACCCCGCCGACAUCAACCAGAUCCAAGGCGUCUACCCCUCCAAACCCGUCUUCACGACCGCCCUCUCCACGCCCUCCCCCAUCGCCGUCGCGGGCAACGAGGGCGUCGCCGAGGUCAUCGGCGUCGGGGACAAAGUCAAAGGCUUCGCGAAGGGGGAUUGGGUGAUCAUGAAAGCGCCGUCGUUCGGCACCUGGCGCACGCACGCGCAGACGACGGCGGACAAGCUCGUGAAGCUGGAGCCCGCGGCGCGGGAGGGCAUCAGCGCGGUGCAGGCGGGCACCGUCAGCAUCAACCCGUGCACGGCGUACCGGAUGCUGAGCGACUUCGUCAAGGUGGGCGAGGGCGAGUGGUUUGUGCAGAACGGGGCGAACAGCGGCGUGGGGCGGGCGGCGAUCCAGCUGGGGAAGGCGUGGGGGCUCAAGAGCAUUAAUGUGAUACGCGACCGGCCGGAGGGGGUGGAGGCGCUGAAGAGGGAGCUUGCGGAGCUAGGCGCGACGGUUGUGGUGACGGAGGGGGAGUUGCUGGCAAGGGAGUUUAGGGAGCGGGUGAAGGAGUGGACGGAUGGGGGCAGGGAGGAGGUCAGGCUGGGGUUGAAUUGUGUGGGUGGGGAGGCGGCGACGGCGAUGGCGAAGAUUCUGGCGCCGCAUGCGCAUUUUGUGACGUAUGGCGCGAUGUCGAAGAAGCCGUUGGUGCUGCCGGCGAGUUUGUUGAUUUUUAAGGAUGUGCAUUUUGAUGGGUUUUGGGUUAGUAAAUGGGCCGAGUGGCAUCCGGAGGAGAAGAAGAAGACGGUGGAGCAUGUGUUGGAGUUGACGAGGAGGGGGGAGUUCAAGGAUAUGCCGUUUGAGCAGGUUCCGUGGGAGUGGGAGACGCCGGAGAGUGAGCUGAUUGCGGCUGUGAAAGGGACGUUGGAGGGGUUCAGGAAGGGGAAGGGAGUCUUCGUAUUCAAGAAUACGUAGAGAUGGCAAUAGGAGGUGGACUGAUGGUUUAGCGGGCAUGAACGGAGUUUGGGUUUUCGUAUGAGUUCAACAUACGC